AUGCAGGAAGUUCAGCUUGGUUCGCAUACUGUAAGGUCCCAUGGGAUGACAGUUGCUAGGACACACAUGCAUGAUUGGGUGAUACUAAUGCUUCUUGGGUUGAUAGUUGUCAUCCUGAAUGUGAUUCAUCCCUUUUAUCGCUUUGUGGGAAAAGAUAUGAUGACUGAUCUUAAAUAUCCCUUGAAAAGUAACACCGUGCCUGUUUGGGCUGUUCCUAUUUAUGCAGUUGCACUGCCCAUAGCAAUUUUUGUUGUUGUCUAUUUUCGUAGGAGAGAUGUCUAUGACCUUCACCAUGCCAUACUAGGUCUCUUAUUCUCUGUUCUGAUAACUGCGGUUAUUACAGAUGCUAUAAAAGAUGCAGUUGGUCGACCCCGGCCAGACUUCUUUUGGCGUUGUUUUCCAGAUGGAAAGGAUGUGUACAAUCAAUUGGGAAAUGUUGUAUGCCAUGGUAAGAAGAGUGUCAUAAAGGAGGGGCACAAGAGUUUUCCAAGUGGCCAUACUUCAUUUUCCUUUGCUGGUCUAGGAUUUCUCUCACUGUAUUUGUCGGGAAAAAUAAAAGUAUUUGAUCGCAAAGGCCAUGUCACAAAGCUGUGCAUUGUUUUUCUUCCUCUACUUCUUGCAUCACUAGUCGGCAUUUCUCGUGUAGAUGACUACUGGCACCACUGGCAGGACGUGUUUGCUGGAGGUCUCCUAGGAUUUAUAGUUGCUACAUUUUGCUAUCUGCAGUUCUUUCCACCCCCAUAUCAUGCUCAAGGUUGGGGCCCUUAUGCUUACUUCCAGGUGUUGGAGGAGUCACGUUCGGUGACACAAGCAGCCACUAUAGUAAAUGGGUCCAAUGUGCAGGUCACAGAGGCUCGGGUUGAGAAUCAAGAAGACGAAACUAGCAUCCAUGGAUGCAUGGGGUUAUCAUUAGCACAUAAUUCUGGUUCAGCAUUGGAAGAACUGGAAUCUGGGAGGAGAUAG